UGUUCUUUAAGAAAAGAUAAAAACAUUCAACAAUAGACAUGUUCGCCUUUAUGAACAUGCUUUGUUAACGCGGGGUAAUAAAAGGCGCCUUUGGCUUAAGUAGUAUAUAAAGGGUUUGCCUAAUAGGAGAGCGUUCAUGUUAAACUUGAAUCCGCAGCAUAGAGAAAUAAUUUUGACGUUUUAUACACUAUUUCAAUUUCCGUUCUAUCUCAAACCGAAUACAUCCACAAUAUGGGAAGAGAUCACAGCAUUGCUUCGGUAUACGAUACCACUCCGUAUCACGCCUACUGUCUAUCUGAAGAAGGGGAUGAAGAUGACGAUGUCUGCGUAUGGGAUGAAGGUCCAGAGCUUUUCGACCUGUACGAUAGUGAAGAUGAGCGAAUAGUCGCUGAGAUUCAUAGUUCUAUCCCCGAGCGUGAUUGGAUAUUCCGCAGCAAAGCACGAAAUGAUGAUACCCCAACAACGAUACGGCCUGCAGGGGCAAAUAAGAGAGACAGCACCAUCACAAUAUUGGAAAACCCUUCCAAAGAUCCAGAGAAGUUAACUGACGAUGAGUUCCAAGAGCGACAGAUCGCUUAUGCACUGUCGACCGCCCGGAGGAACCUAACUAGAAUGUCACAGUUCAUGCUGAAGCUGGAGUGUCGCGCAGGGAAGAUUACGAAGGAAGGAAUCAAGCACACCCUUGAUGCUACUGUCGCUGACAGUACUGACGCGGCUAAUCAAUAUCUUACUUACCAGGAUGAGCUUGAGGAAAUCAAAUACCUCAGCGAUAACGUAUGGCAGCGCUUAUAUCUCAUCGACCGACACUGGCGACAGCAGAGCCGUAAGGACCGCGAUGCCGAGGGUCGCAGUCCUCACAUCGAGCUCGAGAGCGAACCGGCCGCGAGAGCAUUCCUUAAAGAAGAACGGCAGACUAACCACCUCACGAGUAGGGAUUCGUGUUACUAUACAGCCGCGGACUUAGCGAGUGGGAGGAGGUUUGAAGACUGGAUUACUUACUUGAAGGACUCUUGCGAGUUCAAGGACGGACCGGCCGAGGAGACUAAGCUUGUACAUCUAGCCUGGCGGUUCUUGGACCGCGAGUUGCGCGGGCCGAGGCCGACUAAUCCUGUGUGUAUUGAGAAUUUUCUGGCUGAGCUUAAUGGCCAAUAUCAGAAUGGUGCUUUUGGCGAGGCGAUUAAGAACCCCGAGAAGCGGGAGAAAGAUGACGAUAAGGCAUGGAGGGCUAUUAAGAAGGUUUGGUUUUCAAGGUUUCAGCAUUAGUUAUAGAGCAAUUAGAAUUAAUAUAUGGAUUUAUUACAUCGA